AUGGUACAAAAGGCUAAAAGUCCAAACCUGUUGAGGGUCAAUAUCAACCACUUCAUGGAACUAGUCAUCAAGACACAGUUCAAUGUUCCCUUCAAUGGUCUGUUUGUGAUUCUAGAUCCUAUGCCAUCCUGUUUGUCUCUAGACACAAUCCCACCCAUUCAAGACCACUUGGACAGUCCAGAAAAGUAUGGAAAUAUCAGUCAGGUGGUGAGACCCCCAAAGGGAGACCCGAGGAACGGCAGCACAGUGACUGAGUUCAUCCUCGUGGGCUUUGAGCACAGCUCCCCUUCCACCCGGGCACUGCUCUUCACCCUCUUCCUGGCUCUCUACAGCCUCGCCAUGGCCAUGAAUGGCCUCAUCAUCUUCAUCACAUGGACUGACCCCAGGCUCAACAGCCCCAUGUACUUCUUCCUCGGACACCUGUCUUUCCUGGACAUCUGCUUCAUCACCACCACCAUCCCACAGAUGUUGGUCCACCUGGUGACCAAGAACCACACGGUCUCCUUUGUCUCUUGCAUGACCCAGAUGUAUCUGGUUUUUGGUGUGGGUGUGGCCGAGUGCAUCCUCUUGGCUUUCAUGGCCUAUGACCGUUAUGUUGCGAUCUGCCACCCUCUGAAUUACGCUCAGAUCAUAAGUCGUCAGGUGUGUAUCAGGCUGGUGGUGACUUCCUGGGUCUUUGGGAUGAUUAAUGGCAUCCUUCUUGAUUACAUGACAUUCCGAGGUCCAUUCUGCAGAGAAAAUCACAUAGAAAACUUCUUCUGUGAGGCUCCCAUAGUGAUCACCCUCUCCUGUGGGGACCCGGAUUUCAGUCUGAAGGUGAUCUUUGUUGAUGCCAUUGUGGUGUUGCUCAGCCCCAUGGUGCUCAUCGUCACCUCUUAUGCCCGAAUCCUGGCCUCCAUCCUCCGAAGGGCCUCCUCCUCAGGUAGGGGAAAGACAUUCUCCACUUGUGCCUCCCACCUGACCGUGGUUGUCUUUUUCUACACCUCAGCCAUGUUCUCUUACAUGAAUCCCCGCAGUACACAUGGACCUGACAAAGACAAGCCUUUCUCCCUCCUCUACACCAUCAUCACCCCCAUGUGCAACCCAGUCAUCUACAGCUUCCGCAACAAGGAAAUGAAGGGGGCCAUGGGGAGGGCUCUUGGGAGAGCCAACCUGGCUCAGGCAGAGUCCUUUUAG